AUGUACGUCGAAGGGAUCAUCCUCUGCUUGCAUGGUAGAAGCCGACCUUUGGCUAGGAGUACGCACGGUCCCGCUGCUGGUUCCUCUUCCGAGUACUUCUCGGACCAGCAACAGCAGCACAAUUUUUGCUUUGAUCCUUCAGCUAGAGGGGGUUCAGUUUUUUUAAAAACAUAUCCCACAUUUUCAUCCUCUCUCUUCCAUUUUUUGCUUCCCUGUAUCCCUUCACUAUACACGAUGGAGACAGGAGCUACGAAAAUGAGUUCUCGCAAGUCAUCGCAAGCAGCCGUCGAGCGAGACGUGGACUCCAAAACUGCUGACCUGUCAUCGACACCGUCCACGGUGAUCUCAGCAGCAGCCCGUCGAUCGAACCGGAAACCAUCGAAAAAAAGCACCACGGAACAAACGCAUACGGGCGUGAUGAAACCGUUGGAACACACACAGACGGCAACGCUCAGUCUGUACCAGGUGUACGUCCUGCUGGCGGUACUGCUGGUCGGUAUGUUUGUACUGUCGGCGGCACUGCUCGCGUACGUCGACCGACGGUUACCACCGAAGGAUGUGGAACGUAUCGCGCCGUCGCUAGAGCAGGAAGUUCACCGCCAGGUCGAAACGAUCCUGAGCAACUACUGGAAGAGUAACAUCGAUAAAUUGAGCGCGGAUCUGUUGGCGCACGCUAGACGUAUCGCGCCCGAACUUAGCACUUCAUUGCCUUACUUAGUAGCGAAUCAGAGAGUACAAAACGAACGAAAGCUACCGUACCGGGAAACGUCCAGUCGUUCCAAGCGCGACCUAAACCUGUACGACGAUAAUCUCGUGCCGGAUCAGGAAGGUCCGAAUGUGGAAUUCUUCAAUCCGAAGCUGCGUUCGGAGCUGGAGAAAAAGGAUGCGGAGAUUAUAAAGAAGACGGGCUUGAAGGGUGCCGCUCCCGGCGGUGAUAGUUGGGUUUGGCUGACGAGCUACUCUCGCAUACCGUUUGACGCCAUCACCGGCUUUUGCCGAGCGACGAAAGAGUAUUGUCCACCUGGCCCACCCGGAUUGCCCGGUAUACCGGGUCCAAAGGGUAAUCGGGGCGACCCCGGCCUUCCUGGGCCACCCGGUGUAGACGGACGCGAAGGUAAACCUGGACCGCGCGGCCCGAAAGGUGAGAUCGGCUAUCCGGGCAACCCGGGACUCGACGGACGCGAUGGUGUGCCGGGCGAGCCAGGUCUCGACGGUGUGCCGGGCCGUGCCGGAGCCGACGGAAUCCCGGGCAAGGAUGGUAAGGAUGGCAUUCCUGGCAUUGAUGGACGUAACGGUAUCGAUGGCAAAGAUGGAUUAGCAGGACCGAUUGGACCGCCGGGACCACCAGGACUGCCCGGACCGAGAGGUAUUCAUGGACCGAAGGGCAAACAGGGCCGCCCGGGAACGAACGGUACACCCGGCACGCCGGGCAUAAACGCUUGGAAGGUGAAGGUGAACGAUACAUUUUCGAACGAGCUGCUCGUACCACCGUCGAUUGCCGGUGCCGGUACGCUCGAGGCACUGCGACCCAUCAUCGUCCACGAAGGAACACACCUGCGGCUACGGUGUGCCGCCACCGGGACACCAAGACCACACGUUGAAUGGAGGCGCGCUGACGGCAAAACCAUCUCGAACGGAGCCUGGGAAGCAACAUCGAUGGCAGGACACACGCUCAACAUUACCAAAAUCAAUCGCGUGCACAUGGGCGCGUACCAAUGCUUGGCCGACAAUGGCAUCUCACCGCCAGCGAACCAGACGUUCAACAUCGAAGUGCAUUUCCCACCGCUAAUACGAGUGAGAAAUCAAAUGGCAUAUGCAGUGAACGGUUCCACGGUAACGUUUGUGUGUGAGAUCGAGGCAUUCCCCGAAGCACUGAAGUACUGGGAACGGUUCCCGGGGGGACGACUGCUCGAGCCCGGUGAUAAAUUCCAGAUGGAAACCCAUUACGAUGGCUACAAAUCGGUAAUGCGGUUGAACAUCACCAACAUCCGGUCGUCCGAUUUCGGUGAGUAUCAUUGUGUGGCAAAGAACGAACUCGGCAUGACGGAGGCCGAGUUUCAUCUGAUGGAACACUCACCGUUCAUCAUCCGGCCACCGGGUUCAACCGACAUCAACGUGUACGGCACAAAACCACCGGAAAAGGAAUCGUACGAGGACAUCUGUGGCCCACCGACCACCUGCCCCGAGUGUCCCGAUCCAAGGGACUUCAAAUGCAAGGACACGAUCGUUUCACUGUACGAUUUGGUGGGCAAUCUCGAAAUCAAACCCAUCGGAAAUGUCAGUUUCACGGGCUUACCGAACCGAACGACUGACUGUGUCCUGUACGCUGUGGGCAAACCGGUGUACCACAAGUACACCGAGCAGCUGUUUGGCGCAUGGUUAAAGGAUCCUGCCGCACGGAACGAUGCGAUGGAGAAGAAGGUGUGGGCCACCAGAGAAAAUGACACCAACCGGCUGUUUGAGUUCGCCAACAAAACCACGUACCGAAACAACGUGGCCACCAAGACGUAUCGGCUGGAGCGUCCCUUCCGGGGCAAUGCACACGUGGUUUACAACGGCUCAUUCUACUACAACGAGCGUAAUUCACCCCGCAUAAUCAAGUACGAUCUGAACGUGGAACGACAGACAGCGAUGAACGAGCUGGAAGGCGUCACAACGAACGGCACCAAUUAUCUGUACACGACCGAAAUUAAUUACAUGGACUUUAACGUGGACGAUAAUGGGCUGUGGGUCAUUUACGGGACACCUGAUUCUAACAACACAAUGGUUGUCAAGCUCAACGAGAACAAUCUUACGGUACAGUACGGUUGGAACAUUAGCGUAAAUCAUCACAAGGUGGGUGAAAUGUUCAUCGUUUGCGGUGUUUUGUACGCGAUCGAUUCUGUCACCGAGCGGAACACCAAGAUACGGCUCGCGCUCGAUCUGUAUCACAGCAAGCUGCUGGACGUGAGUCUGGCCUUCACGAACCCGUUCCGCAAGACUACCACCGUGGGAUACAAUUUCAAAAACAAGGAACUGUACACAUGGGACCGGGGCAAUCAGUUGACCUAUCCGAUACGGUACCACGAGAUAGGCUACAAUACGACCGCCACCGAGAAAGCGGACGAUGGUUUGAAUCCACAGAUGCAGACCGGAUACGACAUUUACAACGAUCACGACACUGAAACGGAGGAUGUACGCUAG